UCUCCCCCCGCCCAUUGCCUGUAGGGUUUGAGAAGAUGGCGAAGGUCACGGAACGUUACGAUGUCACUUGGGAAGAAAUGCGAGAUAAAAUGAGAAAAUGGAGAGAAGAAAAUUCACGAAAUAGUGAGCAAAUUGUUGAAGUUGGAGAGGAAUUAAUUAAUGAAUAUGCUUCUAAGCUGGGAGAUGAUAUUUGGAUUAUAUAUGAGCAGGUGAUGAUUGCAGCCCUAGAUUAUGGUCGGGAUGACUUGGCAUUGUUUUGUCUUCAGGAGUUGAGGAGACAGUUCCCUGGUAGUCACAGAGUCAAGCGACUAACUGGCAUGAGAUUUGAAGCCAUGGAAAGGUAUGAUGAUGCUAUUCAACUCUAUGACCGAAUUUUACAAGAAGAUCCUACUAACACUGCUGCAAGAAAGCGUAAGAUUGCCAUUCGAAAAGCUCAGGGGAAAAAUGUGGAGGCCAUUCGGGAGCUGAAUGAAUAUCUGGAACAAUUUGUUGGAGACCAAGAAGCCUGGCAUGAACUUGCAGAACUUUAUAUCAACGAACAUGACUAUGCUAAAGCAGCAUUUUGUUUAGAGGAGUUAAUGAUGACUAAUCCACACAACCACUUGUACUGUCAGCAGUAUGCUGAAGUUAAAUAUACCCAAGGUGGACUUGAAAACCUCGAAUUUUCAAGGAAGUAUUUUGCACAGGCACUGAAACUGAACAACAGAAAUAUGAGAGCUUUGUUUGGGCUUUACAUGUCUGCAAGUCAUAUUGCUUCUAAUCCAAAAGCAAGUGCAAAAAUGAAAAAGGACAACAUGAAAUAUGCUAGCUGGGCAGCUAGUCAAAUAAACAGGGCGUAUCAGUUUGCAGGUCGAAGUAAGAAGGAAACCAAAUACUCUCUAAAGGCAGUUGAAGACAUGUUGGAAACACUGCAGAUCACUCAAUCUUAAGAUUUAAACACUCCUUCGGGUUACGUUUCAGAACUGCACUUGGAACUGAUGAGUCUGUGACUUAUUUACUAAAUGCCCAGUGCUAUUUAUAUACUGAUUUUCUGUUAAGAGUGCAGUUGUAAAGAAUGUGUUCAUGUAAACCUUAAUCUGCCUUUUACUGUUAGGCAAGAAGGUGGGAAAAAAUUCCUGAAGAAAGGUUUCAGAAGACUCUUGUGAUUGACAUUCUCUUCAUAUCACACAUCUAAAUACUUUUAAACCACGAUCUGAUGUAGUAAUACCUUUGUUAAAUAAACAAUGAUGAUUUAUUAAACUUGUA